UACCAACUGCACUCCUCUCAAGGGGAAGAUUACAUUUUUUUUUUGAUCUCAUUUCUUAAGAUCCGCCCCACCCGCCUCCCCCACCAAACCCAUUCCUCCCAACUUCCAGGCACUCUGAAUAAUUUUUUCUCCUCUUUGCUCAGUAAGCCAAGACCAAGUUCCCUCCCUCGAUUCUGCUCGCUUCUCCGCCUUUGUUUUCCGGCAAAACUGAUCCAUGAGUGAGGGACUUCCUCACACAGAGCUAAACUACCACUGCCCAGAGACCUGGGCUUGGUGGCAGCUGUGUAACUUCUGCUAGAAAACCAAAGGAGGUUUGGAAGUCCUCUUGGAACGUUUUAAGGAGAAGCUUCGCUGGUGAGAGAGAAUUCACAGACCUGGACGCCUGAGGGGGGAAAAAAGAGCGGAUCCAAUGGGACGCAGUCUCCACCUCUGAGUUUUCUUGCAUGGGAUGGAAGAAGCCAAGGCAAAUCUUGUCACUUCUGAUUUUGCCUUUCUUUCUAUGCCCUCCGACAAGAGGUCCUUUUCUUUCCUCCCAAAAGCAGUGGGAGUUUAUCAAGACUUGUGUCCUAGCAUUUUUCUAGGGCCCCUGUAAGGCUUGUGCUAAGGGAGACGAUGUCCGGUAGCACAGCAAGGAAGGUCCAACCGUUCACCAUUAGCACCAAAUUAUCUCUACCCAAGUGUUCCCUGGAAUUUCCAAGAGACAGCUGUACUGACAUUCCUCUCGAGGCUCUGAAUAACCAUGACUUGCACCAAAACCUCAAUGAGUGUGUUUCUCUGUAUCUGGCUCAGACGUCUCUGGAGCCUGCUGGAGAAAGAUUUAAAAGGGCUAGUCCUAUUGAAGAAGUGGUCACCAAUGAUGACUGCAUCAAUAGCAAUUCGCUGUCCCGUUCCAUUAAGAAGAUUACUUUGUCCAACUGGCAUGGAAAAGGUGGUUUAGGGGAAGAAGGGCUAUACAGAGGCCCUUCCCACAACAGUGCGGAGAAAAAUUAUAACAACAACAACUGCAAAGCAGGAAAAGCACAAUUCAAGGUGUUUCUCAGAAAAGAAGUGGAACCCAAGGAAGAAAAACAGAAUGUGAGAAGCCCCCAGGGUAGUGACAAUUCUCUAGUUGGCAGAGUUGCACCUUUUGUGACUGCAAGCUCUGCUGCAGCAUCUCCUUGGAAAGAGAGUACCAAAAAUACCAAACCAGGCACAGUAGUGGAGCUGAAGCCCUGCAUAGAAAGCAGCACAGGAGUGGCAGACCUAUCCAAGUGGAGCCUUCUCCUAGCCCAGUUCAACUGUGACAUGGUGCAGGCUGAAAAAUGGAUGCGAGGAAAACUCCAUGACCUGAAGGAUGGUUGCAGAUUUCAGGAAUGGGAACGGAUAGCUCAAAUAUUACAGAGAGAGAUGAAGGAUUUUGAGAAUACCAUCAUCAAACUGAACCAGAUGGGUGAACAGCUGAUGAUCCAACCAAAAUCCAGCUCAGAGAUAGAGAGACGACUUCAGACCUUGCAAGAACAAUGGCAAUUGCUGAAACAUAUGGCAACAAAUCAGACUAAAACAGUAGUUGGGUUCAAGAACCUACAAGAUUUCAACCAGAAAGCUGAACAACUAGAAGCCUGGAUCAGGCAGAAGGAAGAGAAGCCUUUGCUAGCUAUUUUACUGCAAGAGAAGGCAGAUAAGGUACAAAUUACCCGGCAGAUCCUUGACUUAAAGCAGGAGGAGCUGCAAUUCCAAGCUGUGCAUGAGGAAUUGAAUAGCCUGGCUCAGAAGCUUGAGAAACAAGGGAAGAGUGAAAGCAGAAGUAUCAUGGCGCGUCGCAAGUACCUGAAUAAAAUGUGGCUUCAGCUCCAGAGGACAUUAAAGGAACAUCAUGAAACCCUGCAGCAGGCACUAGAAGCAGCUUCUUUCCUCCAGCAAGCAGAUGUGCUCCUUUCAGUCAUCCAUGCAAAGUUGAGGCAUCUUUAUGGAGAAAGAAAACAGAAUGAAUCUGAGUCAAGUCCAGACAUGGAUAUCCGGGAUAUUGCAAGCCAGGUCAUGAUGCUAGAUGUGACCAUGUCACAGCUUAUAAGUCUUCACCCCAGUCUGGCAGCACAAGUAUCCCUCAAACACCAAGAUAUCAAGGAGAGCUGGGCCCGCUUACAGCAACUGUUGAGGAGUGAUAAUCCCCCAAAAUUGGCUUUAACAAAGGAAUUUAUAGAUUCAAGUCCUAAUCCGGUACUGACUACAACUACAAAGAGUCCAGAAAAUGAUCCAGAAGAAAAACUACGGGAGGUGCAAAAGAACACUCCAGAAAUCACAGUACAAGGUGUAAGAAGCCAAGAGAACAACUCAGAUUUCUUAGGAAGAGAAGCCAUCAACGGUGAUAGCAGGAGGAGGAGGAAGUUUCUCAGACAGCCAAAGUCUUUAAAGGAUCUGCCUCAACAAGAGGCACACCUUCAGGACAUCUGCCAGGAUGCUGAUCGGGAAAUACAGCAGUUGCUACAUACUGAUCAUAGGUGGAGUCCAGAAAUGGAAGAUGCCCUUGAGGAACUAGGAGAAUUAUGGGCUGAAUUAAAAAAAAGGCAUCAGGAAAAUGGCAAGGCAUUACAGGAAAUUGACACAGCUUUGCAGCUGGUUGGGGAGCUAGAAGCAGCUGAGUGUUGGCUAGAAACUGUGGCAGGCUUGCUCUCUGAGCCAAGAGCAACAAAGAACCUUGAUGACCUCCAGAAAGAUCUGCAAAAAAUUGGCACCUUGAAGAACAAAGCUGGAGCAUGGGCUGCUAAGAUUCACACUCUGCAGGAAGAAAUGCAGAUGGUGUCCUCCUCGGAACACACAGCAGCUACGAUGAUUCAGAGAAAAAUGAAACGAGUAAAGGAAAAGCUGGCCUGUGUACAGGAAGCCCUCCAGCGCCAAGCAUCCGAUUUACACGACUCCCUGAUUUUAAUGGAGUUCUUACAGAAUGUCCAGAUGGAUCAGACGCUAAACCAAAAAAACCAAAUAAAGGAUGCACCAAACCAGUUCGGUUCCCCAGAAUCUUUGCACCUUGUCUUAGCCCAAAGCGCUCAACAGGGGAACAGUAAGGACAUGAGUAGACCACUAAAGGAAUUGCAAGAAGCAGUGGAAAUGCUGAACAAUGUGGUGAAGGAACGAGAGCAGACCUUGAAGGCGGCAACUGAAACUGAGAGCCUGGAAUACUUUCCUCAGGUCGUGAAAGAUAAGGAGGAAAUUGUGCUGAGCUGGGUUACCUCACAGAUUGAAACAAUUGGGGAGAGAGCAGAAACACUGGCUCAGGACCUCAUUCAAGCAGAGAAGAGUUUUACCACAGUAAAAACCGAGAGGGAUCUGCUUGAUGUGCAGGGCAUACAGAAAAGGCAAGAAGAGAUAGAGAGUGAUAUGUCUCAGCUGGAAAGAAAUAUAGAGGAACUGGAAAGAGCAGUUACUCACCUGGUUGAAGUAUCUGAUGACUCCAAACCAAUUCUUGAAAUAUUAGAGGCUUGGAAAGAUCUCCAAAAACUGGUGCUAGAAAAUUCAGUUCAUGGACACCAGACUGUUCGCUUAUGGCAAUUCUUUAAAGGCUACCUGGCCAUUAUCUCUUGGACAGAGGAUACCCGGGCACAAAUUUUCUCAGAGAAUCUGAAUGCCCAGGGUCUUCCAGAAGCCCCCUGGGAGAAUCUGAAGACUAGUAUGGAGGCUAAAUUCAAGGAGUUUGGAGAGUUGGCAGCAUCAGGGUGGGAGCUGAUAGCUGAAGAGCAUUAUUUGAGUAAAACGAUAAAGGAGCGAAUGGAGGAGCUACAGAACAUGCUGGGAUGGGUGAUGAUACGAUAUCAAGCACAGUGUUCCCCAAAGGACCCUGGAAACAAGAAUGAUGAGCGAGAGUCUCAGGAUAACACUGUAAACAUGCCUCAGAACCUCCAAUUUGAAUUGGAUUCUAGAGCUGAUGUGACUGAAACAGAUGGUAUCCUGAACUCUAAGGUGUUAAUGAAAUGUUCAGCAGGAGAUGACCAUAAGCAGCAGAAUGAAUCAAUCUCCACUGCAUUUGCAGUCAAUGUUCUUCCAGGGUACAAACAGAGCUUGGAAGAAUCAGGAAAUGGUUUACCCUUUGAGGUGGAUGUCCCUAAGGGAACUCUAGUUCUAGAACCCUCAGAGACCCCAGUGUUACUUGUGCCACAAGCAUCCCCUGGCAGUUUGGGUAGCACAGUGAGCUUGAUCCUGAACAUUGAAAAGGAAGGGGAGAAAAAAGCUGCAGGAAGCCAGAUUGCCUCUUCACCAACUAUAGGACAAGAGACUUCGCACAAGGUGAGCACCUAUCUACAUGUAAAGGAGAAAGAUGGAUGUAGAAAUCAGGACCCCGACUUUGGAAAUUCAUCCUUCAUAUCAGAAUCUGUUAAGCAAGUGCCUCCCAAAGUUCCUUCUUUCCCAUUUUCCAGGGUAGAAUGGAGCAAAGCAGCCUCUCAUACCUUCCCCAAGAUUAGUUCCAGCUGCUCCCCAAAAAGCCCAAAGGGAAAAACCAAAGCAAUGGCAGGAGAUAUUCAGCGGCUCACUGUGCAAAGGAUUACGGGAACAAAAACGAAUUAUCUGCAAGAAAGGAAGCAUAGUAUGAAUAACACUUGGCCGCCUAGAUGCCCCCAGAGGGUGCAAAUCCUGCAGGCAUUGCCCUUACCACAAAGAGAGCUGAUGGAUUAUGUGAAGAAUCCACUAGAAUGGGCUAUUGAUGCGGAAUGUGAUUUACCUAGGGAAACAUCUGGAAAGUGCAUAUUCCUGAAACAAAACACAAGUCUCCAUAGCCACCACUCAUCCACAGAAAAGGUGAACACAUGUCAGCAUCUUUCCCUGGGAUCUGUUUUGAGCCUAGAACUUCCCAAGGACCUCAGUGCCCUUAGAAAUGUCCAUGAUAUUGUCAAGGUAGCAAGGGAAGAGAUAGCAGAAAGGAAGGGAGCAAAGCAGGUGAACCAAGUGGCCCAAAGGAGUACAGAAGGGACAAAGACACAUGAAACCAGUAUCAGCCUGGAAAAGGAAACCAUAAGAGGACAGCGAGUGAUGCAUUCAAAGCCCAUGAGAGCAGAAGAUGUCUCUCAUAAGCUCCCCAAGUCUAAGAAAGGCACUUGGUUUGAAGAAAUGAACCUCAACCCAAGCUACAGCAGGCAGAAACCUUACUCUGUUGCUCCUAGUGAAGAGGUGAGGCUGCAUCCUACAAGUCAAAACAAUUCCAGUGGUGAAUUUUUUGAUUUCAAGCAGAAGAAGCCCUCUCAUACCAGUGUAUUGCAUGAGCAGAUAGGUUUGGAGUGGGAUAAACUAGCUGCCUCACUGGGUAGCUCCAAAGAGAAGCAAGUCAAAGAUGUAGAUGACAAGAGAGCCAAAGUUCAAGAAGCUUUGAGGUUGAAACUGAAGCCUUUGUCUGCUGAAUCUACAAGCAACCCUGAUUUAGCUUCUCAUCUAACCAGGAUUAAAGAUCCUUUAGUGAAUGAGACAUCAGAAAAAGAAAAUACCCAAUGCUCUGAAGAAAGCAUUUCAAGACACCCACCUUCAUUUCUGCACUUAGGACAUAAAUCCCCCACCAAACCUUCUAAGCUUGAUUGUGAGUUGGGCUGUGAGGAAGAUACUCUGAGUAACUCAGAACUCUGUCCUUUUAAUUUGGCUCCAUGGGCAGAGGUAACCAAAGGAACCAAGUUACAAGGCAUGGCAGCAGAAGUUCGUCAUCCUGCUCAUGAGAUGUUUGAAGAAGAGGAAGAAGAACUGCAGGCCAUAUGGAAUAAUAUGGAGAAGCAUAAAAAAGGGUCAGAUAUCCCCGAUGACCCAGGAAGAAAGAUGGACAAAGAACAAAAUCUGGGCAGUUCAGGUGGAAAACUUCUCCUGACAUCUGCAGAUAAUUGGUUGAUAGCCAAAUUCAAGCUUCCCACUUCUGCUGAAAUGUUACAGAAUUCAGAAGGAGGAAGAAGGGCCAGUCUUGGGGUUGACAAGAGGAAAAAUAGACCCAAUCAGUGCAGCAAAGCAGAGAUAUCUUCUUGCCAGGAGCUAAAUAAAGAGACAGCAGCUUCACCGGGAGAAUUGUCACUGCAAAAAAUAUAUCCAGCGGAUCAACAGAAAUUCCAAGAAGAAAGCAAAAGUGUUAGCAAGACUCUUCCAAGUAAAUUGGAACUUCAGAUGAUGGAAGGACCUCUGGAAAGAAAGAACCUGUUGCAGGCAGGGGGUAGAAAGGCAAACAGUCGCUCCUGGAACACAUUUCAUACAGUUCUGAUGAGGCAAACUUUGUGUUUUUACCAGGACAAGAAAGAUACCCUCAAGCAGAGUUCUGUGAUGGCCAUACCACUGAAUCUGUCUGGAGCUGUUUGCACCCUGGAAACAGAAUACACCAAAAAGAGCAAUUGUUUCACAUUACAGUUGAAUGAUGGCUCGAAGUAUCUUCUCAGAGCUCCAACUGAACCACUUAUGAAAGAAUGGGUUACCAAAUUACAGCAAAACUCAGGUUUACCUGAAGUGGAUUUCUUCCCAUCAUCUUCCCAGCCUGCUCAAGGAAUGACCUCUGCAGCUAGUGCAAUUCCUGGCCAAGGAGUUCCCCACUUCCAGAGCUUUCAGAAAAAGCUUCCAACCAAGAGUCAAGAAAUCAGAUUUCUGCCCAAGUCAAGUGUAAAGCUGCAGUUGCCUUAUAGUACUCGUAGUGAACCACUGGAUACAACAGGAAAUGGCCUCAGAGCUGCACCUAUUUAUACCACAGAACAGAAUCUAAAGCAGUGUUCCCCUUUGGAGUCAGCAAGGUCACAAGAGCCUCAGUUCUAUCAGGAAGAUGACUGUGGACUGGUGACAAGCAAAAGGCGAUCAUAUUCAUUCACUUCAGCUACAUAUCAGAAGAUCACACCUUUAUCGAAGUCUAAAGAACCCAACAACUACUCUGUUACUGUGUACAUUGGUGAGCAGGCUCCAACCACACCUCCCCGGCCCCGCUGCCACUCCUUCAUAGCCACUCCGGUUGGAGCCCGAGAAAUGGUAGGUGAGCAAAACCAAGGUGCUUCACCUAGCCAGAAGAACAAAUCCGUCUUCAGGAAAUUCUUUGGGAAGAAAGACUGAAUGCUGGCAGUAAACUGUCCUUUGCUGGAUAUGGUUGAGGAUCCUGACUGGUCCAAGAGGUUCUGCAUCAGCCCUUGUCAUUAGCUCUCUCCCAAGAGGGCAGAAAUUGAAGAAGAGGGGAUAGGCUUUGCUCAGUGAAAUACUCAGCUCUCUAUUCACCUCAAAAGAAAUCAGCUGAUGGAGUGAAGGGACAGGCAGAGAAACAACAAGUACCUUCAUUCAUUUUGCGGCAGAAUGCUAUGUAAUUUCAAUUAUUACGAGGUCUUUCUCUGCAGUGGCAGUAUACCGCCUUUCUUUGACACAGAUACAAUCAGGUAGUACAUUCCGAGACACACAUGUUAUUAAUACUAUAUUUGUAUUCAGCCUGGGGAUGGAGGAAAAAAUCAUGUUCCUUCAAGUCCUUGUGCAUAAAUCUGUGCAUAAUUCAUGAUGGGAUCAAAAAGCAAAGCAGUUCUUAGAUCCAAUUAUCCAAGCCAUGGAAUUUAUCCAGGCUGAAGGCUGCCCAGCUUUUUCACCUGACUGCUACGUUUGUGCCUUUAACCAGUCUGUAGACAUUAGCCAGUAAUCAUUAUGUGCUUCAUGCAGAGAGAAGAUUCAUCUUUUCUGUUUUUAUUGUUCUUCUUUAUAAAUUAAGCUGUUGUAAACACAGACACUCCAAAAUAGUUCACAGCAGGAUUUUUUCUGGUCAGUUGGCAACAUAGAAUGAGGCCCAAACAAUACAAUGGAAGCCUGAUCUUUUAUAGAAAAAAACAAACAAACAAAGCACUUACAACACCAAUUUAGAAUCAGCAUAUAUGUGAACUACAGUUAUUUUGAGGCUGGUGAAAACCCCUGCAAGAUAUUGAAGACAGCCAUUUGCCUUUUAUUGUUCAGUGUGGGGUAUGAUACCAAGAAGUUCCUUAGUUUUCUUUCCUUCAGCAACAUUUAAGGCUGGUUUAAUAGCCAAUUGCAUCUCCUGGACAAAUAUUAACACCAUAUUAAAACACCAGUUAGUCUGUGUGCUUUCAUUCAAAAUGCAUUAGAGUUAACUGAGUUAUGCUUUAACAGCCAGGCUGCUACUGCACUUAAGAUACCCAAACGCAUGCUGCACUCCAUUUAAAAGAAUGAAAACGUCGGUAUUGGCCUUCCAGAUAAAACAGGAGAGUUAUGGAUAGAUUCCCAGAUGCACUUUGUAGUCCAUCUGGAGAGCAAAAUGGCACUCUGUGCAAUAACUUGAAAUACAGCCCUUGCUAAAAUUCAAGAGCAGGUUAAAAAGCUCAGCAUCUACUGGUUUCAAAAUGUAAGUUUGCUCAGAUAAUUGCAGAGAUUUUCAUUUGAAAAUGGGAGCUCAGUGAGGACUUAAUCUUUUUUUCACACCUACUGAUUCUUCUAAGGAAAUGCCUUCCAGUGAGGUUUUUUUUUUUCAGGUGGAGAAGCCUGGCUGGAAACAAUCUUUAAAAUAACAGCAAAUGAAACAUAUGUCAUAUCAUCCUCUCGCUGUAGGGAGGAGGAAAAUAAUGAGCAAGAAGGUGUCAUAUUUGUGGGGCUGCUCUAGCAUGUCUGGGUCUUAAAUGCAGAAAGGUUUAGUUAGCCCUCUCAUAACCUUCAUAUCCAUAUUUGGAUGACAGAAUUAAGUUAACUGAGCCCCAAAGUGCCUCAGCUAUUUCAGGCUAAACUAAUCCCUCUGGGUUAAUUUCUGGAAUUAGUUGGCUUGGUUAAGUGUGCACAACAGACUGUUAAAGCAUGUCCUGCAAAUUGGACCAAUGGGUCUGCAAAUCCAGAUAACCAGGUUUCUACAGGAAAUCAUAGGUAUGAUUUCCCCCAUACACACAUUUGAAAGGUUUAUGAGGUAAAAGGUGACUGCAAACCUGAAACUGCUGGUUUCACAUUCUGGUUCCAGAUAAUUGGAAAUUCGAGCCACUCUGAUGUUGCAUGGUGUUGCUAAACCUUAAGUAAACAUGGGACAUAUGCAGGACAGGAAUAAAAUGACAGGAAGCCCAACUUCAUUGGGAAUACAG